GGAGGAAAAAGCGGGCUGCGCUGAGGGGUGAGCAGUCAAGGAGACCCCCGCAGCUUACAGGCAAUGCUCCUCACUCACUGCCUGGGUUGUCUCCUGCUCCUCCCGGCUUUGAACCUUUUGUUCUCUCCGGUUUGGGGUCGAAGCGAAGUGCUGCAGCCGCCUCUAUGUCAGGAAAGUUCCAGGAGGAAAUCGGCUCACGCACCCUUCUGGGAUCGGCAAGGCGUUUUGUGUGCUCGGAGACCAAAGCACUACCAUGAAGGCUGAAGACUUCCUUUCCCCCUCACAGAUGUGUAAACUGAAGUUUGGUCCACAGCCAUGAACUGUGACACUGCCCUUAAAUACUAAAAUGCCUUGAAACCUAUUUAUCUCUUUGUGUUCACUCCUGCUGAAACAAUGGUUUUUUCUGCAAUGCUGAGGUCAGCUCAUUCGGGGACGUUAAAUGCAACUUUUAUUGUCUACGAAAAUGCCCACAUAAAUAUCACCACUCCUUUUUUCUUGGUUCGCAGUGGCACGACACAGCCACUGAAAUACCUUCUGGGUGCCAUGGUUACCACUGAGGUAACUACUUUGACAGUCAAUGGUACAGCUGCCCCUACAGUACAACAACCAGACUUCAAGAGCUUGAGCCUGCCACUUCAGAUCAUUCUCUCUGCUGCCAUGAUAUUUAUACUCUUGCUUUCUUUCCUUGGUAACUUUGUUGUCUGCCUCAUGGUCUAUCAAAAGACUGCAAUGCGAUCUGCUAUUAACAUUCUCCUAGCAAGCUUAGCUUGUGCAGACAUGCUGCUUGCUGUGCUAAACAUGCCUUUUGCUCUGAUAACCAUCAUCACCACUCAGUGGAUUUUUGGGGACAUUUUCUGCAGAGUCUCUGCCAUGUUCUUCUGGCUAUUCGUCAUAGAAGGAGUAGGCAUUCUGCUCAUUAUUAGUAUUGACAGGUUCCUUAUAAUAGUUCAGAGGCAGGAUAAGCUGAAUCCAUACCGCGCAAAGAUCCUCAUUGCUGUCUCAUGGGCUACAGCCUUUGUAGUGGCUUUCCCACUCUCUGUGGGAAACCCCAACCUGCAGAUACCUUCUAAGGCUCCACAGUGCGUUUUUGGCUAUUCCACAAACCCUAGCUAUCGUGCCUAUGUGAUAUUAGUAGUAUUGAUUUCCUUUUUCAUUCCAUUUUUGGUGAUGUUGUAUUCUUUUAUGGGCAUCCUCAACACUUUACGGCACAACGCAGUUCGUAUCCAUAGCCACCCGGAUAGCAUAUGCCUCAGUCAAGCCAGCAAACUUGGCCUCAUGAGCCUCCAGAGACCCUUUCAGAUGAACAUUGAUAUGAGCUUUAAAACUCGUGCCUUCACAACCAUAUUGAUUUUGUUCGUUGUCUUCAUAAUCUGCUGGGCACCCUUCACCACCUACAGCCUUAUUGCCACAUUCAACAGCCACUUCUAUCACAAGCACAACUUUUUUGAGAUAAGCACUUGGCUCCUUUGGCUCUGCUACCUCAAGUCUGCCCUGAAUCCACUGAUUUACUACUGGAGGAUUAAAAAAUUUCACGAUGCAUGCUUGGAUUUGAUGCCUAAGUACUUUAAAUUUUUGCCGCAGCUACCUGGUCACACCAGAAGACGCAUACGGCCAAGUGCCAUCUAUGUGUGCGGGGAGCACCGGUCUGUAGUAUAGAAUUUACAGCAAUUAGACAUUGUUGUUUUCUAAUAUAUGGUUUUAAAAAUAUAUAUAUGGCAUUGUCAGCUGCCAUAUUAAUAACCUUACUAUGUAUUCCAGUUUCAUGUGCAAUUUCAAGAAAGUGAUCACAGUUGCUACCGGAGUGUAACUAAACAGUUGUUGGCCACAAGCCAAAGAAACUACAUGUGCCUGGGGAAGAAUAUGUAUGCAGCAAGAUCUUACUUUCUUUUGAAGAGUUUGUUGUAGCAGUUCCUGCUGCUGAAGAAGCAAGCUACAGUUUAGUUAAAAAAAAAAAAGCUUGCCUCUUCCUCUGUUGUACCUGCUACAGUGAAAUCCUCAAAUAAAUUGCUA